GCUUGUGGUGUGGUUGUUUGUGUUUUCCGUGAGUCAACAGCACCCACCCCGCACGUCCUUCCUUGCUUCCUUGCUUGCCUGUCUCCUUGCUUGUUGUUGGAUUGUUGUUGUGACUCAACAGGACACACACGAGCCUCGUGACCUUGCAGCACCCCCAGUUUGCACUGUCGCAAACGGUUGUGUCGUAUCAAAAGGACACCAGCAGGUGUUUUCGUUUCGCUUUCCUCUUCUUUGUGUGUGACCACGCCUUUGUUGUUGUCCACAAAACAAGCGAGGGCACUUGCCUGUCCGACUGUCCGAUUAAUACUGUCGUCGUUGAGUGUUUCUUUGUUGUUGUGUUGUGCCGUUGUUAUUGUUGUUGCUGCUGCUGCUGUUGUGUUGAGUGUUUCUUUGUUGUCGUUGUUAUCGUCAUCGUCAUUGACUGUUGUGGUCUUCCUCAACGAUCGUUACCAUCGCCACUCUGCCGCCACAAUGGACUGGUCAGAGUCGCUGCGAGACCUUGAAGUCUUCAGCAAUAACAAACCAGAGGAGCUCACCGUCACCCUUGAAGUUCAGGACCCGAGCGCAGCGCAGGACUUUAUGGCGCUGCUGGAUGGCGAUGCCCUUCGCAGCGCUUCACAGACGCCGCCAAACGACGGCGAUCCGUCCCACCCUGGCGCCAACUCAGACCUCAUCACACUCCCCAUGGCAGAGUUUGGCGGGCCAGCCUCAGCCACAGCGCCAGCAACGUCAUUGGCAGAGCAAGCAGCAGGCCUCUCGUCAGCAUCAGCAGCAAGCAGUGACGCCAGACCGGCAGGUGAGGGCGCGAACGGGACAUCCGCGCCCACGUUUGCAACGCCAACACCAUCGCCGUCGUCGUCCUCAUCGUCGGCAACAACAGCAGCGUCCAUGGCAACCGUGCUGCCGACGCUCUCCCAUCCAUACCACCACCACCACCAGCAGCAGCAGGACGACACGUCAUCUGGGGGUGAGGAGCCCGCACGCAAGCGCUCAAAGGACGAUGUGCCGUUGACAGACGAAGAGAAGAAGAGGCGCCGGCGCGAAAAAAACCGGAUAGCAGCACAGCGGUGCCGGCAGCGCCGCCUGGAUCGCAUCCGCACGCUGGAGGCCGCGUCCGAGGAACAGAAACGCAUCAACGACUCUCUUCGCGCGCGCAUUGCUGAGCUCAACACAAAGGUCGCCACCCUGCAGGCAUCCCUCCAGAAGCACAAUUGCAAGCUGAAGGGGGAUGAUGGUGGUGGUGAUGGUGAUGAUGGUGUGGAUGAGAAGAGGAGUGGGGGUGAUAGACAACGAGCAGCGAAGCAGAAUGAGAAGAGCUAGGCGCGUUGGCCCAUGCAUGUGCGUGCAUGUGUGUGCGUGCGUGUGCGCACUUUCGUGUGUCGUGUUAUGUUACCCCUUUUUUGUUUUUGUUGUGGUUGUCAUCAUAGCGCAUUGGUUACUGCGCCCUCCCAGUUGAUGUGAAGGAGCGAGUGUGGAGCCGUGUCACUUUAACUUACCUGGUAUUCGCGUUGGUGUUUUGCGAGCGUGCACGUUUGUACAUAUAUAUGAAAACCCGCACGCGUGCUUGUUACAUUCCUUUUGUCGUGGUGAUGAUUUUGUUUUGCUGCGGCUGUUUGUGUGAUAGCUGCACGUGCCUCUGUGCGUCCAAUGUUUGCUGUUGACGCUGCUCAUUGUGCGUCUUGUGGAUGUUGUGGAUGUUGUGUUUGUGCACAGCCCUGUGGUGCUGCUUUCUGUCCAAGUGUUGCGUGUUUGCGGAUAUAGCCGAGCCACGCCUUCUCUUUGCUCUCCUUCUCCCCUCUGCUUGUGUUACCCAUUUUUUCUUCAAUUCAGCCUUGCGUUGACACCGCGCGCGCUUUUGGAGUGUCGCACGACUCAACUCGGCAUUCACAUGCUGCGUGAACGCGUGCUAUUGACAUGUGUUGACAUGUGCAUAUGUUUGCAUGUGUGGACAUUUGAUAUGAGUCCGUGUGGGCACAUGCCACAUGCUUCCCUUGUGGGUGGUGUGUGUGUGUGUGUGUGUGUGUGUGUGUGU